AUGUCCUGCUCCGCCGCGCCAGCUGCAUUCCUGCUUCUAUUCGCGUUCGCCGCCGCCUCCGCGGCAAAGGUCCCGGCGGUGAUCGUGUUCGGCGAUUCCUCGGUCGAUGCCGGGAACAACAACCAGAUUUCGACGGUGCUGAAGAGCAAUUUCCGCCCGUACGGCCGCGAUUUCUUCGGCGGGCGGCCGACGGGGAGGUUCUCCAACGGGCGGAUCCCGCCGGAUUUCAUAUCGGAGGCGUUCGGGCUGCGGCCGUUCGUGCCGGCGUACCUGGACCCGCAGUACAAUAUCACGGAUUUUGCGGAGGGAGUUUGCUUCGCGUCGGCGGGGACUGGUUUUGAUAACGCCACCUCUAAUGUCCUCAAUGUGAUCCCACUUUGGAAGGAAUUGGAUUAUUUCAAGGAUUACCAGAACAAACUCCGGGCCCACGUAGGCAACGCGAAAGCCGACUCGAUAAUCAGCGAGUCUCUAUAUAUCGUCAGCUUAGGCACGAACGACUUUCUCGAGAACUACUACACUCUCCCGAGCACGCGCUCCAAGUACACGGUCGACCAGUUCCAAGACUUCCUUAUUGGGCUUGCCGAGAGAUUCAUCAGGGAAAUGUACGGGCUUGGGGCCCGAAAGAUUUCCCUUACCGGGCUGCCCCCUAUGGGCUGCCUGCCGCUAGAGAGGACCACGAAUUUCGUCAAUGGUAACGGGGAUGGAUGCAUGGAUGGGUACAAUGCCGUUGCCCUGCAUUUUAACGAGAAGCUGAGUGGUCUGGUGAAGAAGGCCAACGAAGAUAUGCCCGGGAUCAGGCUCGUUUUUUCCAAUCCUUAUAAUGUCUUUAUGGGAAUCAUUCACAAGCCCUCGGCUUUAGGGUUUGAAGUGGCCUCGGUUGCAUGUUGUGCAUCGGGGAUGUUUGAGAUGGGAUACAUGUGUGAUCAAAUGAAUCCGUUCACAUGCUCGGAUGCAAAUAAAUACGUAUUCUGGGAUUCAUUCCAUCCAACGGAGAAAAUGAGUCGGGUUAUUGUGGAUUACCUGCUGAGCCAUAGCUUGCAUGAAUUUUUAUGA